CCAAUAUCAAUCUAGCUAUAAUAGUAACCGGAAGAUGGUGGAAUCUGGAAACUUGGAAGCAUUAAGCAAAAAACAACGGUGCAUGGAGGACCAAAAUAACACAUGCAGUAGCAUCCACACUGCAUUUAAUUAGAACAUGGGCCUCCUGCUGAGGUGCCUUCUAGUUUGAAAUAUUAAUUACUGUAAUUUACUGUGUAAACCUGACAAUUCUUUGUCUCAUUUACACACUCGUCUUUCCAUCUUUUAACCUACUUAUUCAUCAUCAUUUUUUUCUUUUUGCCCUAUAUAAGGAUCAUAUCAGUUGGCCGUGUUUUAGCUCAUAAGCCUAACUUCUUUUUUCUUCCUAGGCAAAACAUAUAUAUAUGGAAAUAGAAGGUGGUGGUGGUGGUGGGAGAGAUAUUGAGGAAGGAGGAGGAGGGAGUAAUGAUGGUUUGGCGAAUAAUGAAUCUUCAUGCAGUAUUAAUAGUAAUGUUGUUAGAAAAGGGGCGUAUUUGGUUUGGCAAGAUCUGAGUGUUUUGUUGCCAAGUUUUGGGAAAGGGCCGACCAGAAGGUUGCUUAAUGGGCUGAAUGGGUUCGCUCAACCAGGAAGAAUCAUGGCUAUUAUGGGACCUUCUGGUUCUGGCAAAUCCACUCUCCUCGACUCUUUAGCAGGGAGGCUGUCAGGAAAUCUUGUGAUGACUGGAAAUGUUAUGAUAAAUGGGAAGAAAAGGAAGCUUAGCUAUGGUGGGGUGGCUUAUGUAACACAAGAAGAUAUAUUCUUGGGGACACUUACUAUAAGAGAAACCAUCAAAUACUCAGCACAACUGAGGCUCCCAAACAACAUAACCAAAGAUGAAGCAAAUGACAUAAUUGAGAACACAAUGAUGGAGAUGGGGCUUUUGGAUUGUGCUGAUAAUAUCAUUGGGAAUUGGCAUUUUAGAGGAGUAAGUGGAGGAGAAAAGAAGAGGCUGAGCAUUGCAUUGGAAAUCCUGACUCAACCCCAGCUCUUGUUUCUUGAUGAACCUACAAGUGGCCUUGACAGCGCCUCGGCGUUUUUCGCGACACAAGUUCUUAAAAACGUCGCUUAUGGUGGUAAAACAGUGAUUGCUUCGAUUCACCAGCCAAGCAGUGAAGUUUUUACUCUUUUUGAUGACCUAAUUUUACUAUCUGGUGGUGAAACCAUUUAUUAUGGAGAAGCUAAAAUGGCUGUUGAGUUCUUUGCUGAUUCAGGAUUUCCAUGUCCACUGAGAAGGAACCCAUCUGAUCAUUUCCUCCGAUGCACUAAUUCCGAUUUUGAUCAAGUCAAUGCUACUCUGAUGGGAUCUUCGGGUGCAAUUGACAUUGGCAAGUCAAAUGGCCUCUUGACAACAACGGAAAUCAAACAAAAGCUUAUCCAGAAGUACAGAUGCUCGAAAUAUGCAGCCACAGUGAGAAAUGGGCUUCAAGAAAUUUUAUCUAUGGGUUCAGAGGAAGGGUAUGAAGCAGAGAACAGGGGAAGCAAGGCUGGAUGGAUCAGGCAAUUUUCUACAUUAACAAGAAGAUCUUCAAUAAACAUGUCCAGGGACUUUGGUUAUUAUUGGUUGAGGAUAGUCGUAUACAUAAUUGUUUCCGUUUGUGUCGGGACCGUAUUUUACAACGUUGGUACAGAUUAUAAUGCAAUUUUAGCAAGAGGAGCCUGUGGUGGAUUCAUAUCAGGCUUCAUGGCAUUCAUGUCUAUUGGAGGCUUCCCAUGUUUCAUUGAGGAAAUGAAGAUAUUUUACAAAGAAAGACUCAACGGGCAUUAUGGAGUUGGUGUGUUUAUUCUUGCGAAUUUCGUGUCAUCGUUGCCAUUCUUGAUCUUCAUGGCAUUCAGUUCAUCAGCCAUUACCUACUUCACCGCGAAAUUCAGGCCGGGCGUUUUCCAUUUCCUCUAUGCUGCAUUAGACCUUCUGAUCUCCAUUUCGGUUGUGGAAAGCUCUAUGAUGGUUGUUGCCUCCCUGGUUCCAAAUUUCUUGAUGGGUCUCAUUGUUGGGGCUGGCUUUAUAGUAAGAAUCUAUAAUUCUUUUAGCCACCGUUUCACUUUCUCUAUCAUUACUCUACGUAUAUAUAUUAUCGACCAACAGAUCCUAACUAAAACUGAGCCUAAUCACCUGAUAUGUUUGUGAAAAAACAACAAAAUGCAGGGAAUUAUGAUGGCUACUGCCGGAUUUUUCCGACCUCUGCCAGAGCUUCCAAAGGUAUUCUGGAGAUAUCCCAUAUCCUAUAUUAACUACAUGGCUUGGGGAUUACAGGUAAUCUUUAGUGAAUCAGAAAUUUGCUUCAAUCAGGAAAUGACUUACCUAUGGGGAUUAUUGUUUGGCUAACUCUAUUAGGCCACAUUUGCAUAACAGGGAGCAUUCAAGAAUGACAUGAUCGGUCUCGAAUUCGAACCUCUUCAGGCAGGAGAUCCAAAGCUCAAGGGAGAAUACAUAAUCAAAAACAUACUUGGGUUCUCACUGGAUCAUUCAAAGUGGUGGGAUUUGGCUGUUGUUUUGGCCAUUUCCAUAUGUUACAGAUUGCUGUUCUAUGUGGUUCUCAAGUUAAGAGAGAAGGUUUUGCCAGUGGUGAGAACCCUUUAUGCCAAGCAAACUCUGCAUCAUCUCAGCAAAAGGCCUUCAUUCAGAAAGACACCUUCUUUUUCAAUACCAUUUUCAUCCAAGCGACAUCAAGUCAUCCAUUCCUUAUCUUCCCAAGAAGGUCUCAAUUCUCCAAUUCAUUCAAGCUAGAAAGAGUUUCUUCUGAAUCUCAGCAAAAUCCAUACACAAAUUCUUGAUUGAUUUUCCACCAUUGUUUUGACAUUGUAUUUUUUCCCCCUCUGCUGCGCCUUUAUUAUUUAGUGCAGCAGACUAAUCAAAAUGAUUGUGUAACAACUAACAAUUGCCAUAUUGGUGUGUGUGUGUGUGUGUGCGCGCAAGUGUGAUGAGCUUAAUGCUUCUAAGUUUGUAGUUCUGAACAAAAUGUGUCUUCAAUAUGAGCUUGAUAGAAAUUUGGUGAAUGCUGAAAUAGUUCAACAAACUGUAUUCUCGUUCCCAUCAAAAUAUACAGUGUC